UUCCGGUAGAGAAUCGCAUGUCUGUUCUAACCGGGUAGGAACAAACACUUCAGAGUAAAGUUGUUCCGCGGAGCUUCGUAUCCUGUUUUUGAAUUUAUAAGUCAUUAGAACUGAGCUGGAGGAGGACAGGUUGGACCAAAAAGCAGUCAACCCAGCGGAUGUCAGCAGAGAAGAUGGAGACCAAUGUAUCCAAUGGAUCAGGGCCAGGAUACGAGAAGGAAGAAAGUGACCUCAGUCCAGAGGAUCUGUCUGAGAUGCUGGCUGCAGGAACCAAGGAGGUUCAUGAAAAAGCAGAGAACACACAGUUUGUAAAAGACUUCCUCAGGGGACGAAUCCGCAAAGAGCUUUUCAAGCUUGGUGCCGUAGCACUUUACCACACAUACACGGCCAUGGAGGAGGAGAUCGAGAGGAAUAAGGACCACCCCCAAUUCGCCCCUCUAUAUUUCCCGGCGGAGCUUCACCGUCAUGAAGCCUUAGCGCGCGACCUCGAAUAUUUCUAUGGUCCAGACUGGAAGAGUCAGAUCACCUGCUCCCAGGCCACACAGCACUACGUGGACCGCAUCCACCAGGUAGGCCAGGAGGACCCUGUGCUGUUGGUGGCCCACGCCUACACCCGCUAUAUGGGUGACCUGUCAGGAGGUCAAGUGCUGAGAAAGGUUGCGCAGAGAGCUUUGAAGCUGCCGCCCACUGGGGAGGGCCUGGAGUUCUACCAGUUUGACGCGAUCCACAGCGCUAAAGCGUUUAAGCAGCUGUACCGAAGUCGCAUGAACGAGCUGGACCUGGACCUGGAGACAAAGAAGAAACUGGUGGAGGAAGCUGUGAAAGCUUUUCAUUUUAAUAUGGAGGUCUUCGAGGAGUUGGAAGAAAUCGGCAAAACAAUUCAAGAGGAUGUUUUAGAUGCCGGCAUGUCUGUUCAUGGAGAAACUGGUGGAGACAUUAGCAAAUGUCCCUACUAUGCUGCCAAAAUGGCGGCAUCGGGGGGAACGGCGUACUUCGGUCAGCUGUUCAUGGCUGCUCUAAGGCACCCGACAGGACAGGUCCUGUUUGCCACAUGGUUCGCCGCCUUGGCUGGACUGGCUGCAUGGUAUCUGAUGUGAUCCAGCUGUUACAGCUGCUGUUAGAACUGAGGGGUGUUGAAAGGAAAGAGAGUCAGAAGACUGGAAAACCUCCACUAACCGAUCAAUAUACAAACAUUCAAUCAGGUCUGUGCAGCUUUAUGUUUUAAGCUUCAGCUUUUAGUUGCAGAACUUCAGCAGUCUAGUCUAUAGAAACAUUAUAUGGACUCCCUCCACAAUGCACACAUUUUUCCUUUUUAAAUCUAAAUACUGUUUGUUUUUUAUUAUUUCUCUACCUCCAACAGGCUAUCCUUCCAUUUGGUGCUGAAGUUCAAGUUAUGUUAAAGCUUUUCUUACACAGAAACAGACCUUCUGUUAUAACGUAUACCUUAAAGUAUGAUAGCAAAAUGCAAUAUUGUAACAAGAAAACGGUUAAUCCUUCCAGUUGACAGUAAAAAGCUCGCUAUAGGAUGUGAGCUUUAAAUCCAUCAGAACAAUGUGAAACAUUGAAAUACGCAAAAGUAUUUAUACACUUGGAACUUUGUCCCAUAUUGUCUCCAAAAAUAGAAUUCAUGUUUUGAUUUUUUUGGUGAUAAACCAACACAAAACUUCUUUUUACUUCAUGUGAAAAUUUUUAAAACGUGUUGUGAAUUUAUCCAGCCCCUCAAUACUCUGCCGAACUAAUUCUUGUUGUAGUUUUACUGACAAGUUUUUUUUCUUCUAAUUUUCAUAUUCUGUUUCAAUGAGGUCUAACUUUUAUUCUGCUUCAAAAUUAUGAGCUGAAUUGUGUUGCUUUAUCUCCAAAAAUACCUAAAAGAUGUAUUAUUGCCUUUUGAAGCCACAUUAUAUAUUGUACCUUAUGCAGAAAUUGCACUUAAUAUCUGGACAUUUAGUGUUCAGGAUUUAUUUUGGUAACGUAAAACUAUUCCAUAUUUUUACACGGCAAAAAACUGAAAUCUAAGGUGGCCAUUUUUCUUAUAAUAAAUAUUUGUUUUUUUAAAUUAAGCAGGUAAGUGAGACAAUUUCAAUUUACAAUA